GUCUUCCUGACGCUGUGGGGGGCGGGACUGUGACUCCGACAGGAAACCGACAGAAAGAUGGCUGCAAUCAGAAAGAAACUAGUGAUAGUUGGUGAUGGAGCCUGCGGCAAAACCUGUCUCCUCAUAGUGUUCAGCAAUCAUCAGUUCCCUGAGGUCUAUGUGCCCACUGUGUUUGAAAACUAUGUGGCAGAUAUUGAGGUGGAUGGUAAACAGGUGGAGCUGGCUCUGUGGGACACAGCGGGACAGGAGGACUACGACCGACUGAGGAUUCUCUCCUAUCCAGACACAGAUGUCACUCUCAUGUGUUUCUCCAUCGACAGCCCUGACAGCCUCGAGAACAUUCCAGAGAAGUGGACUCCUGAGGUCUUCUAUUCCAAUGUGCCUAUAAUUCUGGUGGGAAACAAGAAAGACCUGCGGAAUGAUGAACACACACGUCGAGAGUUAGCUAAAAUGAAACAGGAACCAGUGAAGUCGGAUGAGGCGAGGGACAUGGCUAACCGGAUCAAUGCCUUUGGUUACUUGGAGUGCUCGGCCAAGACGAAGGAUGGUGUUAGGGAGGUGUUUGAAAUGGCCACCAGGGCAGCACUGCAGGCCAAGAGACGAGGCAAGAAAAGCGGCUGCUGCCUUUUAUAGAGUGUCAGGUAACGCAGGAUCAGGAGGGAAAUAAACAUCCAAGAAAAACAUCCCUGUGCCUGUUUUCACCAAGGUGGGCACAGUUGACUGGGGAGUUGUAGGGAUGAAAAAGGAAGGUCAAAUGCUAUGGUACAGUACAGUAAUCAGACUUAUGCCUGCCUACCGAACUGUUGGAAGACUUCCAUGGCUUGCAGUGUGACUGUGCUUGUCUUUCAUUCUGUAUGUUUUUCACUCUCCUUAAUUUCCAAAGUUAGAACUUUAUUUAAACCCGCUUUUCUUUUCUAUGAACCUGUAAUACUUCAUACAAUUUCCCAUUCAAAUACAGAGUUUGAUUAUUUGCAGUUAAGUAUAAAUACAUAAUGAGACCAACUUAUGAGUGUUUUAUACCUGCUUUUUAAUUAAUACAAGUUGAUUGAGUUAACUUGGCCUUAAAGUGACAAACUGUGAUUGAAAUAAAUCAGAGUGUACUGUCAAACACGCUGUAUACGGGUGGGUAUUAAAGGGUUAAUAAAAUGUUAUUGCCCUUUGGACAGUUACUGUAAAUUCUGAAAUAGUAACAGCCCUUAAUUUAUAACUGCUACAGGGGGGCAGAGCCUUUUUUUAAACAAGCUGAAAAGACUUGAUUCCUUGAUUUCCCCAGUUUUCUGAGAUUAUUUCAUAAUUUAGUAAAAAUCCUCCCAAUUUUAUCAUGUGAUCACUUUUAAUUUGCUGUUAAUGCAAACUGAACACUGUCUACCUGACAAAUUCAGUAUAAUGUACAUUUCUAUUGCACAGUAUCCUUUACUACACAGUUGUGUAGUGUAGUUUCUUCCUUCAAAAUAAAUACUGUUUUCAGUUAGUUUUUGUAAAAUUACUUUACCAAUAUUUGACAUCAGUAAGGUAAUAGGAUGAAUUGCUUGCUGCCAGUUUGCUUUUAACGUGAAACAUUUGCACAGGACUUGAGUCACUUGUGGAAGUGAGUGAAAACAGUGUUUGUGUUGAAGAAGUGACGCUCAGAGGAUAGUUGAUGGAAUCAGUGCCAUGGGACUGUCAGCUAUAGUGAAUGUUCAUCUGCAACACACAGUAAUUCCACACCUCAGUGUUUUAACCCUUCUUUUGUUCUCUGGAUGUUAGACAUUGACAGGGUUCCCCCCCCCCCCUCUGCCAGUUCACUCAUGUUUACAGCUGUUAUUUUUCUGCUCAGUUGUAUGUUAUGUUAUGUUCACUUUGUGAUAUUCUACUGGUUUUGUUGUAUUAUUUGCACACAGCUAAAAUCAAGAGGUCGGUGUGGUAAACACUUGGAAAAUAUAUGAUGUCAGAUUAUAAAAUACAAAAUGCAAGCAACUCCUUAAGGAUCGGUCAUUUGUAAUAUUCUUUGUAUACAAAUGUAUCCUGACAUUUCUCCAGUCGCCUUUUGUAACGUAUUCUAAAGGAAAUAAAUUGUAACCGAGAAUGACCAAAUUGUG